AUGAAGUUAGGUUUUAUUUUAUCAGCUUUGGUCGCUACUAGUUCUGUCGCCGAAGCCACGCCAAUAUGGAAAAGGUUAACCUUUAGAAAGGACGACUCUCGUGCUAAUGCAACUUCCUUUGUAAACGCAACAAGCAUUGGAUAUGACACAAAUUAUACAAACACUACUGGUGUUGCAACUGUUACAACGACCGUAGCUGCUGCUAAUGCUACUGCUGUUCCAAACACCCUCCAGGGCUUCAAUUUUACAAAUGCAACAAAUAUCACUAUUCCUAUUGUGUCCAAUGGAACUGCAAAUUAUUCGAACUUGACGAACUUCACUUUUCCAGCUGUUCCAGAGGAAUUGCAAGUUGUCGUCACUGGCGGUAUCGUUCCAAUUCUCAAUCAAACCCAUCUAAACUAUACUGUUUUAUUUAACACAUCUCUUCCAUUGAAUGCCACUCAAUUGUAUAAUGUAUCUGCAACUGUCGAUGAGCUCUUAACUAACGACACUAAGGCCGUUGUUAUUACUUCUAGUAGAAGAGGUUUGGAAGGUUUAGGUUUCUUCACUGCCGUUGUCCUUGACACUACGACACCAAUUGUCGUUACUGAUGAUGUUGCCUUAGGUAUUCUAGUUGCUAAUAGUACCUCUGCUGCUGGACGCGGUGCAUUAGUCGUGGAUAGACGUGGUUUGAUUUAUUCAGGUAUUUUCGGCCCCUCCGAUGCUCCAGGCGCUGGUAUUCCAAUAGGUAUCGUUAAUGACCAAGACGAAGUUAUUUUCUACAAUGAUGCUUCUUUACCGGCUUUCAUCGGCACUGACUCAACAAUUAGAACAAAUUACACUAUGUUUACUGAUGCUCACGCCUAUCAAAAUGUUUCUAGCAGGAUAUUAGUCCCAGUUGUCUACGAUGCAACUUAUCUCGCAAGCACUGUAGAUUCGUUAGCUUCCACUUUAAGUGGUUUGGUCGUUGUCGUUUCUGGUCCAGCAACCAAUAGUACGGCAGUAAGUAUUGCAAAUAAUACCAUGCCUGUUGUGUACGCCAAGACAGUUGGUCCAUUGAGCUAUGUUAGUACUGAUGCAGUUCCAGAGGGAGCAAUUGCCGGUGGUUACUUGACCCCUGUCAAAGCUCAAGUUUUGUUAUACAUCGCUAAUGCAAAUGAUGUUGACUAUGCUUUGCUAACGUCAUUAUUUUGA